GAAAAAGGCAAAUAGGACAGGGAUCUGGAGAUAAUUCGAUCCGUCCCUGACAAAAGUUAGAGCUCCUCUAUCGGAGUGCAUUAGAGUGAGACGGGUAUAAGAGUAGGAUGCGCUGGUGAGAUCGCAACGCAACCGCCCCGCGAUUGGCCGAGGUGCCGCCCCACUCCCUUGCGGCUCUCAGUCGGGCUCGGGCCUCCGUCGGGCGUAGUACGUGCGUGUCGUGUUCUCGUGCGUAACAUAAGCAAGACUUCUCACAGUGAGAGAAUAAAGGUACAUCGUAGCAUGUCUUGACGAGAAGGAGAAGUUCUUCAACGGGGUUUUUGGGGUUUCAGUCAAGGGUUCUCCAAAAUGGCGGGUGGUCAGCAGCUUCCCGAACAAUAUACAGUACCACAAUUGGCAAGGGUCUUCCACAGUCUACCACAUCUUAACGUGUCUCUUCAUUCGGUCAACAACACGUUUAAUCCACAUUCCGAGAUUUAUCUUGAGAGCUUGGGCAUCCUCGGUAGUAUUCCUGCAGCCUGGUUGAUCCUGACAUUGCUGGUACUGUUGGUUUAUCUGGUAACAAGAUGCUGCGACCGGAAGCCUCGGCCCAGGAGGUCGAUAGCCCUGCUGAAGUUUUCACUGGCCAUCCUUGCGUUGCUUUGCUGUGGAACGGUUGCCGUUGGCCUUUAUGGCAACGACGACGUUCACAAUGGUUUGGUACAAUUAGUCGCGGCAGCGAAGAACGUCGAUGGGAUCCUCAUGGGCGUGAGAAACCAGACGGACACCAUAGAAGCAACAUUACAAGAGAAAGUACAACCACAAUUGACUGCUUUGGGGGACGAAUUUGAUGCACCUGUUAGCAACAAAACGAUGUUGACCUUACUGUUGGCAGCACUGACUAGUAUGAAACAAAACACGAGCAUUGCUGUCAACCGGAGCUUCGAAAUCCGCAAGCCAUUGAGCGGGAUCAGUCUUGCAGGGGCCAUUAGCAUGGGAGAAAAAAUCGAGCAACUGAGGUGGCCCAUUACUAUGGCCGUACUGAGUGCACUUCUUGUUCUCUGCGUUGUACUUGUAGUCGGAGUUGCUAGACACUCGAGAUGUGUUCUAAUAACAUUUUCUGUAUUUGGGCUAUUCGCUGUAAUAGUCUCUUGGCUGAUGGCUUCCCUUUAUUUAGCAACAUCAGUCGCCCUCGGUGAUCUUUGCGUGUCACCGGACGGUUAUCUAACUAGAUCGGUACCCUCCACUUUGGCCUCUGAGGUACUCUCGUAUUACACGCAUUGCGAGAACACUCGCACGAAUCCAUUUACACAGAGGCUAAGAGACGGACAACGAGCUGCGGGAAAUAUGAGGCAUAACUUGAAUACUGUUUCACGCUUAGCGACAGAACUUUUAAAAGAACAGCAUGAUCAACUGAAGCCCAGGUUGAGUAGCCUCUUGACCGACGUUAACGCGGUCGAUAGACUUAUGUCUGGUCUAGCGACGUUACUAGACUGUAAACCACUUCACAAGCAAUACGUUCAUGCUGCUAAAAGUUUAUGUCACCUAGGAUUAUACGGCCUUACCUUCAUGCUUCUUGCAAGUUUAGCCGCCGGACUAUUUUUCACUGUAUUGGUAUGGGUUGAUUCUCACACGUGGAUAUAUAUCCGUAAGCGAGAUUACCACCAAGUGGAUGAGCAAGAUCCAUAUUUGCCACCAUCGGCAGCAUCUCAAGCGAUAGCAGCUAGGACCCUUCGUGGCCAAGGGUCGUACCCGCCUACAGCCCCUUCUCUUAAUCCGAAUGCUCAUGGCACCCAUAAUACCAUUAAGCAGCCUCUCUUGCUAACGCCGCCCCCGCCGUCCUACGCUACUGCGACUGCUCGAGCACGUCAGCUGCACGAGAGCAUGUUAAAAGGUGGGGGUGUUAACGGGAGUGGAGGAGCCGGGGAUCACAAAUCGUCUCAGCAUAAUCAGCAGUCGACAGGUGGACGAACUGAGCACCGUUCUGGACUCGGAGAUCAACCUGGCCAGUACGCGACUUUGAGCAAGCAAUGCAAAACUCUUGAAUCUAGUAGAGAACCACCUUGGACGCCAAGCGUGGCAUCUUUUACCGGCACCCUGUCUCACAAUUCUCAUGGACCCGCACAUUUGGCGACCUUUCAAGAUUCGAGAAAAACUCAAACGUUGGAUCCAAAAAAUUUAGCCAAUUUAAAACGCGGCCCAACACCGGCGUGGAAUCAAAAUCGUCCGUUACCACCGAAUCCGGCGAAUCAGCCUAGUUGGGAGUUCGAAUCGCGAUCGCAAACUAAUAUGAAUCAAUUUCGAUCGUUGGUGAGAAACAAGGCGCCUAACAUUCGUAUACAAGAUCAAAUGCAAGAUCAAGUGAGAACGUUGGAUAGAAAUUUCACGCGUAGCCAGUUUAAUGGUACAGCACAAAAUAAUGCCGUACCUAAUAUGUACGGUACAUAUAAUAGGGCACAUGGAAGACAAGAAAAACCAACGGUAGCUACGUUGAGUCAAGUACAGGGUAGUGAUCCUAAUCUAUACGCUGUAACCGAACUUUAAACGACUUAUUCGAUAAUACCAAAAGAAUAACGAGACAACAGAAAAUUUGUCAUUGUUCGAAAAAAGUGAGAAACGAAUAUAUAUAUACGGUCUAAGAAUGCUAGGAAUUUCUUCGAUAAACAAUUCGAAUAAAAAAAACCCUCGUUUUGUGGAGUUCCUACAUAGAUAUGCGUUUGAACGGAUAACCCUUCGUUGAUCCAAGAAAAAGAAAAGUAAUGAAAAAAUGUAAGAAGAAGAAAGGAAAAGGGACGGGAGGGUCUAACAUGUCUCUGAUAUUAGGAAUUUCAUCGGAGACGUGCUAUAUAUAUAUAUAUCUCUAAAGUUUUGUAUUUGUAUAUCAUGUACAGAGAAAAUUGGUCGAUCCUUCUACGUUAGUCCCUUUCAUACGUUCACAGUCAUUAUUACCUAUUUUUAAUCCGAAAUACGUUAACAAUGGAAAUCUUCGAUAAAAUUACUAAUCCACGAAAAAAAAUACAAAUAUAUAAAAUAAUCCGAGUAUAUAUAAUAAUUGAUCAUCGCUAUUUUCAACUCGUGAUUAAUAGAAAAAGAAAAAUAAACAAUUAAUAUUCUAAUCACAUAGAAAAAGAGAACGUGCAUUUAUUUUACUACGUUCUAUAAACAUUUCUAUCGUUAACAUCGAUUGAUAUGUAUAUAUAUAUAUAUAUAUAUA